AAUUUGCAAAGACAGAGGAAGAGAGAGAGAGAGAGAGAGAGAGAGCGAGAAGAAAACAGCCAUGUUCUGAGGAAGGAGACAUGCAUCAUCAUCUUCAUCAUCUUCAUCAUCAACAUCAUCAUCAUCAUAAUCUCAAACUGAUUACUUAACUUCUCUUUCUCUCCAUCUUUUACCAAAUCUAGAACACUAAAGCUUUUUGAAGAACAAUGCAAGUGUUUCAUCAAAGGAAAGAUUCAUCUUGGGUACACUCAAUGCCAACAAAUUCACACAUUCAAGGAUCCGAAUCUUUCAGCUUGACGAAGGAUAUGAUGAUGUCUACACAAUUCCCUGGGGUGAAACAUUCAGGUUUGCAGCUGCAAGAUCAAGAUUCAUCCUCAACACAAUCUACCGGAGAAUCUGGGGGCGUUGAAGUUGCAAGCUCUGAAGAACGUAAACGCUAUGGAUGCAACAUUGUUAAUACCAAUCUCUCAGGCCAAGGGUACAUCGAAACCACGGGAAAUCAUAUUGAAAGUUAUACUAAAUCAACCAUCACCUCGUCAAUGAUUUCUCAAGAUUCUGUGUUUCCUCCUCUUCUUCAAUGUGUUGAAACAUCACAUUUCAAUGGUUUCUUGGCUCCUGAAUAUCCAUCAACACCAACGGGAAUGCCACAUUUAGAGAUGAUGGGUUUGGUUUCUUCAAGAGUGCCAUUGCCUCAUAACAUUCAAGAGAAUGAACCAAUAUUUGUCAAUGCGAAACAGUAUCACGCCAUCCUCCGUCGCAGGAAGCACCGUGCUAAACUCGAAGCUCAGAACAAACUCAUCAAAUGCCGUAAACCGUACCUACAUGAGUCUCGCCAUCUUCAUGCUUUAAAGAGAGCUAGAGGCUCCGGUGGACGUUUCCUCAAUACAAAGAAGCUUCAAGAAUCAUCAAACCCACUGUGUUCCUCUCAAAUGGCAAAUGGACAGAAUUUCUCUAAGAGCCCUCGCGAUGGUGGAAGCGGAAUCGGGUCUAGUUCGAUCACACCGAGCUCCAAUUCAAGCCGUAUCAUGUUCCAAAACCCGCAGUUCAGAUUCUCAGGUUAUCCAUCAACACACCAUGUCUCAGCUCUCAUGUCAGGGACUUGAGGAACCUGAGACGGAUCUUGCUCCGGGAUAACUCUGGUUAAUCUCCUGCGACAAGUGAUCAUAUAUGACGGGAAGUCAUCCUUGGCUACUUUUUGUUAUCGUUUCUUUACAAAAAUUCUUCCUUUAAAAACUUUGCUUUCAUAUCCCCUGCAAUCUCUCACUCUAUAGAGUGGCUUGAAGACCUUUUAAAUCA